UUAAAAAAAAAAAAAAAAGAAGUUCGGCGAGUUUGUAUAUUUCCCAUUCCCCCCUUCCUUCUCUCGACGAGAUUAGGGUUUUUCAUCCUCUGUUCGAUUCAGAUCUGAUCUCUGAUUCCGAUCUUUGGAUUCUUCAAUCUACAGAUCUCGGCAUUUCCAACCUAUUCAUUUCUGGUCAAAUUUGGUUCUGAGGAUUUGAAUUUCGUCGUGGUGUAAUUCCUUUCAUGUCCUGCUUCGAAUUCAACCUUUCUCCUCACUCGUUGUCAAACAGAUCUUGAAAAUUGGCUCCGCAAAGACGUUCGCAGCGCCACAUGGGCGGCCAGAUGCAGCAGAGCAAUGCUGCGGCGGCGACCGCCUUUUACGACCACGCUGGCGGUGGGACCCUGCAUAAUGCAGGCCCCAAUAACGACGCUGGUGAUGCGGUCAUGGCUCGGUGGCUCCAGUCCGCUGGCUUGCAGCAUCUGGCCUCUCCCUUGGCGGCUGAUCACCGCUCCCUCCUCAUGCAGGGUUAUGGAGCACAAUCUGCAGAAGAGAAACAGAGGCUUUUAAAAUUGAUGAGAAACCUUAAUUUUGGUGGGGAAUCUGGAUCUGAACCACAUACGCCUACAGCCCAAGCUUCAGGAGCACUUGGUGCAAUGGAUGGCUAUUAUUCUCCAGAUUUUAGGGGAGAUUUCGGUGCUGGACUCUUGGAUCUCCAUGCUAUGGAUGAUACCGAACUUUUGCCUGAGCACGUUAUCUCAGAACCAUUUGAGCCUUCACCAUUCAUUCCUAGUGGCACUAGAACAUUUGACGAUGAACUUAAUAUAGCUACCACCAGGCAGCAAAGAACCCAAGCUGAUGAAGAUGCCUUGGCUACAUUGCCUGUGGUUGAAAAGGAGAAUGUUGCCAGAGAAACUAACGUGGCUAAAAUCAAAGUUGUGGUGCGGAAGAGACCAUUAAACAAGAAGGAGGUUGCUCGCAAGGAGGAUGAUAUUGUAACAGUUUGUGAUAAUGUCUGUUUGGCUGUUCAUGAACCAAAACUAAAGGUGGACUUGACUGCAUAUGUGGAGAAACAUGAAUUCUGCUUCGAUGCGGUUCUUGAUGAGCAUGUUUCCAAUGAUGAGGUUUAUCGGGUUACUGUGCAACCAAUUAUUCCCAUCAUCUUUGAACGGACAAAGGCUACAUGUUUUGCUUAUGGCCAGACUGGCAGUGGUAAGACAUUUACAAUGCAACCAUUACCUCUUAGAGCUGCUGAAGACCUCGUUAGAUUGUUACAUCAGCCAGUUUAUCGCAAUCAGAGAUUCAAGUUGUGGCUUAGCUUUUUUGAGAUAUAUGGUGGAAAAUUGUUUGAUCUACUCAGUGACAGAAAGAAGCUUUGCAUGAGAGAAGAUGGGCGGCAGCAGGUUUGUAUUGUUGGACUUCAAGAAUUUGAAGUGUCUGAUGUACAAAUUGUCAAAGAAUAUAUCGAAAGGGGAAAUGCAGCAAGAAGUACGGGUUCCACUGGUGCCAAUGAGGAGUCUUCUAGGUCCCAUGCUAUUUUGCAACUUGCUGUUAAGAAACAUCCUGAAGUGAAAGAUUCGAGAAGGAACAAUGACGGAAAUGAGCUGAAAAGUGGGAAGCUUGUUGGGAAAAUCUCUUUUAUUGAUUUGGCUGGCAGCGAAAGAGGGGCUGAUACAACUGAUAAUGAUCGUCAGACAAGGAUUGAGGGAGCAGAAAUCAACAAAAGUCUUUUGGCUUUGAAGGAAUGCAUUCGUGCCUUGGACAAUGAUCAGAUUCAUAUACCCUUCCGUGGAAGCAAACUCACAGAAGUGCUCCGUGAUUCAUUUGUUGGCAACUCGAGAACUGUUAUGAUAUCAUGCAUUUCUCCGAAUGCUGGUUCAUGUGAACACACUCUCAACACUUUGAGAUAUGCUGACCGGGUCAAAAGUUUGUCCAAGAGUGGAAAUGCAAAAAGGGAUCCGGCUGUUAGUUCCAGUCAACCAACAACUAGGGAUGUUUCUUCAGCCUCGUCUAUUCCAGUUCCCACUGAAGCAGAAGAUGUUAAUAUGCUGCGCCAAGAGGUGAAAUUAGGGGAGUUGGGAAGAAGGGUCGCAGAGAAAGAGAGUCUCUCCUCUUCUGACUUUGAAGUGCCAACUACUGCUUUGCCAUCAAGCAAUACCUUUCAUGUGCGAGAUGACAAGGAGCCGCUUGAAAUGAAGAACACUCAUGGUGAACCAACUGGUCGAAAGAUUCCCAUGUAUUCACAGAACUCAACUGAUGCAGAGGAGAAGGUGCAAAAAGUGUCACCACCUCGCAGAAAAUCAUCCCGGGAUGAAAAAUCCGAGAAGUUGGGGAGCUGGCAGAAGAAAGACAGCGGUGUGACUGAUCUCUCAACUGCAAGCUCCAAGCAGUAUGGUCCAGGAAACUCUAACACAAAUGAUGCCGGACCCAGAAAGUAUGAACCUGAGCCAACUCCCGAUGGCAAUAUUAAUGCAAUACUGGAGGAAGAAGAAGCGUUAAUUGCUGCGCAUCGAAAAGAAAUAGAGGAUACCAUGGAGAUUGUGCGCGAAGAAAUGAAACUGUUGGCAGAAGUGGAUCAACCAGGCAGCCACAUUGAAAACUACGUGACCCAGUUGAGUUUCGUGCUGUCUCGUAAGGCCGCUGGUUUGGUUAGUCUUCAAGCACGCCUCGCAAGGUUCCAGCACAGACUUAAAGAACAAGAGAUACUCAGCCGAAAAAGAGUACCGCGUUAGGGUUGGUGGAUGAGAGUUUGUUUCCCCGUUCCCGUCCCCGACUCCAACUCCAACUCCUAAGCUGUAUCCUGCUCUGCUUUCUUCUUCAUCUCAUCAUAUUAUAUAAAAUCAUUAAUCAUUGAUUUGUACAUUUCGAGCUUGAAAAGAUUGGAAUUGAAUUUGCUUGCUCUCUCUCUCUC